AUGCCCGACUCGGCAGAAGCACAGUCGCUCAAGUCGCCCACUUCCCCCAACCGUCGUCCAGAGGUGUGCGGCCCUCAUGCACCAGAGCGACCUUACCCCAUCUACCUUCGCGGCAAGGUCGAAAAGGGCUUUGGCCGUGGAUCCAAAGAUCUCGGUUGCCCCACAGCCAAUCUUCCUGCCAGAGUGGUAGGCCCAGGCUCCUCUCUCACGCGUACCGGCGUCUACUUUGGCUUCGCUCGUGUAUUGCCUCAAGAUCCCGACGAUCCCACUCUCACCGACUCGGAAGACAAUGAGCUCACAGUCUCGACUGCAAACAUUGACGACGAAGACGACGAGGUGGUUCUCGGCGCAAGCCCCAUCGGCGAGGGCGGACAAGGCUUUCUCGACAGUCAACUCCCGCGAUCUCGCAACGGCAGCCGCGGUCAGCCCAGCCCGGCGUCGGUCCUCGAAGCAGCACCCUCCAGGCCUGACAAGGAAUGGGACGUCAGCCGCCAAGAGCUGCUCAGCAAUGGCGCCGCCUCCGCGCAUGGCACCUCUGCAUCCACUUCCUCCACAAGUACGUUGACAUCCGUUCGAAGCAAGAAGACAAAGCGUGUCCACCUCGAACGCGAAGACUCCCAGGUCUACCCCAUGGUCAUGAGUGUCGGCUGGAAUCCAUUCUACAAGAACACUCACAAGACUGCCGAGGUGCACAUCCUACACGACUUUGCAUCCGACUUUUACGGUCUCGAGAUCCGCGUCGUCGUCCUCGGCUAUGUCCGUCCCGAGUACAACUACGAUUCAAUGGGUAAGUUUCUCAACCACAGACACAAGGCAGCGACCAUCCGACGCCAAGCCUUGCGUGCAGCAGCAGACUGA